UAGAGAAUGAGAUGGUUGGAUGGCAUCACCGACUCAACAGACAUGAGUUUGAGUAAACUCCGGGAGAUGGUGAUGGACAGGGAGGCCUGGCAUGCUGCGAUUCAUGGGGUCGCAAACGGUCGGACACGACUGAGUGACUGAACUGAACUGAACUGAAUAAUUUGUUACUGUUCUUUUAGGAUAACUGUCUUCUGACUGCUGUGUGGAGAAAAGACUAUGCAGACGAGAGUAAAAGCAGGGAGCAAGGUCUUGGGAGCUGAAGAUGAUAACAGGGGUGAUGGCUGCUUGCGGAAACUGUCGACUGUGAACGCGCUUCGUUUCCUCUUGCUGGUCCUCAUUCCAGGCAUCUGUGCUCUCAUUGUCCUGCUGGUGAUCCUGCUCUCCUUUGUUGGAACAUUAAAAAAGGCCAAUUUUAAAUCAAAUGGGAGUGAACCUUUGGUCACUGAUAGUAAAGUCCACAUGUCUGAUGUUAUUUUUCUGAAUACAAUUCAUAAUGAGAGCACUGUGACAUCUGCUGCCCAUCCCACCCAACACAUUCCAGCCUGGACCAUGGAUGCUUCUCUCCCAGCAGACCACAAUCACAGGAACACAGGUGCCUGCAUGAACAUCACUCACAGCCAGUGUCAGAUAUUGCCCUACUACACCACGCUGACGUCUCCCCUCUCCAUUGUCAAAAGCAUUGAAAUGGAGAAGCUCCUCAAAUUCUUCACAUACCUCCAUCGCCUCGGUUGCUAUCAACAUAUCAUGCUUUUUGGCUGCAGCCUGGCCUUUCCCAAGUGCAUCAGGGAUGGUGCUGACAGUCAUGGACUCCUGCCUUGUAGAUCCUUCUGUGAGUCUGCAAAAGAGGGCUGUGAGUCAGUCCUGGGAAUGGUGAAUGCCUCCUGGCCCAGUUUCCUCAAAUGUUCACAGUUUAGAAACCAAAGUGAAAACAGCAAUGUCAGCAGGAUUUGCUUCUCACCACAGCAGGAAAAUGAAAAACAAUUGCUCUGCAGAGGGGGCGAGAGCUUUCUGUGCACCAGUGGCAUCUGCAUCCCCAGGAAACUGCAGUGUAACGGCUACAAUGACUGCGACGACUGGAGUGACGAGGCUCACUGCAAUUGCAGUGAGAAUCUGUUUCACUGUCGCACAGGCAAGUGCCUUAAUUAUAGCCUGGUGUGUGAUGGAUAUGAUGACUGUGGAGAUCUGAGUGAUGAACAAAACUGUGACUGCAAGCCCACAGAGGAGCAUCGCUGUGGAGACGGGCGCUGCAUUGCCAUCGAGUGGGUGUGUGAUGGGGACCACGACUGCGCGGAUAAAUCCGAUGAAGUUAAUUGCUCUUGUCACAGCCAGGGUCUGGUAGAAUGCAGAAAUGGACAGUGCAUCCCCAGCACUUUCCAGUGUGAUGGAGACGAGGACUGUAAGGACGGAAGUGAUGAGGAGACUUGUAGCGAUGGUCAGACUCUAUGUCAAGAAGGAGACCAGAGAUGCCUCUACAGCUCCUGCCUUGAUUCAUGUGGUGGUAACUCUCUUUGUGACGCCAGCAACAGUCUGAAUAAUUGUAGUCAGUGUGAACCAAUUACGUUGGAACUCUGCUUGAAUUUGCCCUACAACCAUACAAGUUUUCCGAAUUACCUUGGCCACAGGACUCAAAAGGAAGCAUCCAUCAGCUGGGAGUCUUCUCUUUUCCCUGCACUUGUUCAAACCAACUGUUACAAAUACCUCAUGUUCUUUGCUUGCACCAUCUUGGUACCUAAGUGUGACGAGGACGCACACCAGCGUAUCCCCCCUUGCAGAGCUCUCUGUGAGCAUUCCAAAGAACGCUGUGAGUCUGUUCUUGGGAUUGUGGGUCUACAGUGGCCAGAAGACACAGAUUGCAAUCAAUUUCCAGAGGAAAAUGCAGACAAUCAUACCUGCCUAAUGCCUGAUGAUGAAGUUGAAGAAUGCUCACCUAGUCACUUCAAGUGCAGCUCAGGACGCUGUGUUCUGGCUUCCAGAAGAUGUGAUGGCCAGGCUGACUGUGAUGAUGAGAGUGAUGAAGAAAACUGUGGAUGUAAGGAGAGAGAUCUUUGGGAAUGUCCAUCCAGUAAACAGUGUUUGAAGCACACAGUCAUCUGUGAUGGGUUUCCAGACUGCCCUGAUAACAUGGAUGAAAAAAACUGCUCAUUUUGCCAAGCUGAUGAGCUAGAAUGUGCAAACUACGAGUGUGUGUCACGUGACCGGUGGUGUGACGGCAAAGCCGACUGCAUAGACAGUUCCGAUGAGUGGGACUGCGUGACCCUCUCUGCAAACGUGAACUCCUCCUCCUUCCUGACGGCUCACAGAUCUGCCGUGGAACACCACGUGUGUGCGGAUGGCUGGCAGGAGACCCUGAGUCAGCUGGCCUGCAAGCAGAUGGGUUUAGGGGAACCAUCUGUGACCAAAUUGAUAGAGGAACAGGAGCAAGACCAACAGUGGCUUACAUUACACUCCAACUGGGAGAGCCUUAAUGCAACAACUUUGCAUGAACUACUGGUAAAAGGGCAGUCCUGUUACAGCAGAAGUAAGAUUUCUCUUCUGUGUACUAAACAAGACUGUGGGCGCCGCCCUGCUGCCCGGAUGAACAAGAGGAUUCUAGGGGGUCGGACGAGUCGCCCGGGAAGGUGGCCCUGGCAGUGUUCCCUGCAGAGUGAACCCAGUGGGCACAUUUGCGGUUGUGUCCUCAUUGCCAAGAAAUGGGUUCUGACGGUCGCCCACUGCUUCGAGGGGAGAGAGAAUGCUGCCGUUUGGAAAGUAGUGUUUGGCAUCAAUAACCUAGACCACCCAUCAGCGUUCAUGCAGACGCGCCUCGUGAGAACCAUCAUCCUGCACCCUCGCUACAGCCGAGCGGUGGUGGACUAUGACAUCAGCCUCGUGGAGCUCAGCCAAGACAUCAACGAAACAAGCCACGUCCGACCCGUCUGCUUACCCAGCCCGGAUCAGUCCUUAGACCCUGAUACUUACUGCUAUAUCACAGGCUGGGGACACAUGGGCAACAAAAUGCCUUUUAAGCUGCAAGAGGGAGAAGUACGCGUAAUUUCUCUGGCGCAGUGUCAGUCCCACUUCGACAUGAAGACCAUCACCAGCCGGGUGAUCUGUGCUGGCUAUGAGUCUGGCACAGUGGACGCGUGCAUGGGCGACAGUGGUGGGCCUCUAGUCUGUGAGAAGCCGGGAGGACAGUGGACAUUAUUUGGCUUAACUUCAUGGGGCUCCGUCUGCUUUUCCAAAGUCCUGGGGCCUGGAGUUUACAGCAACGUGACAUACUUUGUCAAAUGGAUUGAAAGACAAAUAUACAUCCAUACCUUUCUCCUAAACUAAUCCCAAAGAUGAUCAGAGACUUUUGCCAGCAACAUUCAAAGAAAAUGGCCUUUUCGACGGUGGAGGACGUCCUGUAGAGAGCUGUACAGAAGCACUUUUCAUAGACAGGGAUGCUCCACAGUGCACUGCAAAUGUUCAUGUUUGUCUCAGUUGAAUUUUUUUUUUUUUUUUUGUCUCAGUCGAAUUUUAUACAGCUUUUUUUUUUUUUUCCCAGUUCUGUUUUUCUCUUAUUUCAGGUUGAAUGAAAGUCUUUUAAAAACCAAAGCAAAAUAGAGCUUGUUCUUUUGCCAGGCAGGCCUAACCUCAACUGUAAAGUGAAAUGAAUGGUCAACUUGGGAAAGAGAAGAGUGUAGGCACCAGGAUAACAGGUUAGAGAAAGUCCCCUCUUGUCCAGUCACAAAAGGACAUGGAAGUCCAGGCUAAUGAAUCUUUGCCAGAAAAAUGAAAAUUUCUCCAGCACAAGAGCAUAGUGGCAAAUUCCAAUAACAACAUCAGAGGCUUGCUUUUGAUUUAUGAAAAACCAAGAUAAUUUACAUGCUUAAGUUAUUCAUUAGUCUUCUUCUAAAGUUUGCAUAAUUCUGAGAACUAAUGAAAGACAGAGCAUCCAUUUAGGUAGCUGAAAGAGCAACUUUCAUUCACCACAAAGUUCUUUCCACAUCAAUAUUAGCAUUUGAUAUGAAAAGACUGCCAGUUUGGAAUUUAAAUCCAGGCUGUAAUUGCAUAGAAAAGUCUCCAUAGACCCUUCUCAGAGUCGGGGUU